AUGGAGCUGCGGCCCCUGUGCGGGGGUCCCGCCGGCCUCGGGGCUCUCUGGGACUUGAAUGUAACAUGGCGCACAGAGAAUCCCGAUUUCACCCAGUGCUUUCAGAGUACCGUCCUCGUGUGGAUCCCUUGCCUGUACCUCUGGGCUUGCGUCCCAAUCUACUUGCCGUACCUCCACCGUCAUGACAGGGGCUACAUCCAGAUGUCGCAUCUCAACAAAGCCAAAACAGCCUUGGGCCUCUUACUGUGGAUAGUCUGCUGGGCAGAACUUUUCUACUCUUUCUGGGAAAGAAAUCACAAUAUUUUCAGAGCUCCGGUUUUUUUAAUUAGCCCUACAGUUUUGGGCAUCACCAUGCUGCUCGCCACGUUUUUGAUACAGUACGAGAGGAUGAAAGGAGUCCAGUCUUCAGGUGUGAUGCUGACUUUUUGGCUUAUUGCGCUGUUAUGCGCGGUCGUCACUUUCAGGUCCAAAAUAUUGCAGGCCUCCGGCACGGGCGCUGAUAUUGAUGCGUUCCGUUUCGCUACCUUCUACAUCUACUUCAUCUUGGUGCUCCUGCAGCUGAUCCUGUCCUGUUUUGCUGAGCGCCCGCCUUUGUUUUCUAAAGUGGUUCACGUCCCCAACCCGUGCCCCGAGUCCGGCGCUUCUUUCCUGUCCAAAAUCACCUUCUGGUGGAUCACAGGGCUGAUGGUUCAAGGGUAUCGUCGUCCUCUGGAAGCGAAAGAUCUGUGGUCGUUAAACAAGGAGGAUACGUCGGAAGAAGUGGUGCCAGGCCUGGUGAAGAACUGGGCAAAGGAGUGUGCGAAGGCAAAAGGGCAACCGGCACCCAUGAUGUACUCACCCAAGAAGCCCCCCAAGCCGAGUGGGUCGAAUGGGGAUGCGACGGAGGAGGUGGAAGCCCUGAUCCUCAAGCCGUGCCGGCAGGAGAGGGACCCCUCCCUCUUCAAGGUGCUGUACAAGACCUUCGGGCCCUACUUCCUCAUGAGCUUCCUCUUCAAAGCCUUCCACGACCUCAUGAUGUUUACGGGGCCCGAAAUCCUCAAGUUGCUGAUUCGUUUUGUGACCGACAAAGAAGCUCCCAGCUGGCAGGGCUAUUUCUACACGGGUCUCCUUUUUGUCUGUGCCUGCCUGCAGACGCUGGUUCUCCAUCAGUACUUCCACAUCUGCUUAGUGACUGGAAUGCGGCUGAAAACAGCUGUGAUUGGUGCCGUCUACAGAAAGGCCUUGGUCAUCACCAAUUCAGCAAGAAAGACGUCUACCGUUGGGGAAAUUGUCAAUCUGAUGUCAGUGGAUGCUCAGAGGUUCAUGGACUUGGCUACCUACAUCAACAUGGUCUGGUCUGCGCCUCUUCAAGUCAUCUUGGCCUUGGGUUUGCUGUGGGAGAAUUUGGGCCCCUCCGUGUUGGCUGGUGUGGCCGUCAUGCUCCUGCUGGUUCCAGUGAAUGCUGUGAUAGCCAUGAAAACCAAAACUUACCAGGUCGCUCACAUGAAGAGCAAAGACAACCGGAUUAAGCUGAUGAAUGAAAUUCUCAACGGGAUCAAAGUGCUGAAACUCUACGCCUGGGAACUGGCCUUCAAGGAGAAGGUCUUGGGGAUCAGGCAGGAGGAGCUGAAGGUGCUGAAGAAGUCGGCUUACCUCUCAGCCGUGGGCACCUUCACGUGGGUGUGUGCCCCGUUUCUGGUUGCUUUAUCAACAUUUGCUGUUUUUGUGACGACCUCGGAGAAGAAUGUCUUGGAUGCUCAGAAGGCGUUUGUGUCUCUGGCCCUGUUUAACAUCCUCCGGUUCCCCCUGAACAUCCUACCAAUGGUCAUCAGCAGCAUUGUGCAAGCCAGUGUGUCUCUCAAACGUCUCCGGGUGUUCCUGUCCCAUGAAGAGUUAGAUCCAGACAGUAUCAUCAGAGGCUCACUCAAAGACGCUGACGGGAACAGCAUUGUUGUGAAAAACGCAACCUUCAGCUGGUCAAGAAGCGAUCCUCCCUGUUUGAACAACAUCAGUUUUGCCAUCCCAGAAUGCCGCCUGGUGGCUGUCGUGGGCCAAGUCGGCUGCGGCAAAUCCUCACUGUUGUCUGCACUGCUGGGAGAAAUGGAGAAGAGAGACGGCUCUGUGUUCAUUAAGGGGUCUGUGGCCUACGUAUCUCAGCAAGCUUGGAUCCAGAAUGCAACUCUGAAGGAGAACAUCAUCUUCGGAAGGGAAGUGAAGGAGAGCUGGUACAAGAGAGCGGUGGAGGGCUGCGCCCUUCUCCCCGACCUGGAGAUCCUCCCUUCCGGAGACCAGACAGAAAUUGGGGAAAAGGGUGUGAAUCUGUCCGGGGGCCAGAAGCAAAGGGUCAGCCUGGCCCGAGCCGUCUACUGCGACGCCGACGUCUACCUGUUGGAUGAUCCCUUGUCAGCUGUCGAUGCUCAUGUCGGGAAACACAUUUUUGAGCAAGUCAUUGGGCCCAAGGGAAUCCUGAAAAACAAAACGCGGGUUUUGGUCACCCACGGGGUGAGUUAUCUGCCCCUGAUGGAUAUGAUUAUAGUGAUGACGGAGGGCAAGAUCUCGGAGAUGGGGUCGUACCAGGAACUGCUGGAGCAGGACAUGGCCUUUGCGGAGUUCCUGCGGACCUACGCCAGUGCGGAGCAAAACGUGGACGACGGAAAUCCAAACAGUGCAGCGGUGAAGGAAGGGAAACUUCUGGAAAAUGGGGCUCUUGUCAGCGAAGGCUCCCAGGCACAAGUGAUGAGCAGGCAGCUCAGUAACUCCUCCACGUACAGUGGAGAAACCGGGAAGGCCAUGUCGCAGCAGAACAGCACAGCCGAGCUUCAGAAGGCCCCUGCGGAAAAGACUGCUUGGAAGCUGACGGAAGCAGACACGGCCCAGACCGGGAAGGUGCAGGCGACCAUCUACUGGGAGUACAUGAAAGCCAUCGGGCUCUUCAUCUCCUUCCUGAGCAUCUUCCUCUUCGUGUGCAACCACGUGGCUUCCCUGGCCUCCAACUACUGGCUGAGUCUGUGGACAGACGACCCCGUUAUCAACAGGACUCAGCAGCAAACAGACAUCCGGCUGGGAGUCUAUGGGGCCCUGGGCAUGUCUCAAGGUAUCGCUGUGUUCGGCUACUCCAUGGCUGUCUCGGUGGGAGGGAUCUUUGCGUCCCGCCGCCUCCACAUCAACUUGCUCCACAACGUGCUCCGGUGCCCCAUGAGCUUCUUCGAGCGGACGCCCAGCGGGAACCUGGUGAACCGCUUCUCCAAGGAGAUCGACACCAUCGAUUCGACCAUCCCCCAGGUCAUCAAGAUGUUCAUGGGCUCCCUGUUCAACGUCAUCGGGGCCUGCAUCAUCAUCCUCUUGGCCACCCCCAUUGCCGCCGUGGUCAUUCCUCCGCUGGGGUUCGUCUAUUUCUUCGUGCAGCGCUUCUACGUGGCCACCUCCCGCCAGCUGAAACGCCUCGAGUCGGUCAGCCGCUCCCCGGUCUACUCCCACUUCAAUGAGACGCUUCUGGGCGUGAGCGUCAUCCGGGCCUUCGAGGAGCAGCAGCGCUUCAUCAGGCAGAGCGACCUGAAAGUGGACGAGAACCAGAAGGCGUACUUCCCCAGCAUCGUGGCCAACAGGUGGCUGGCGGUGCGCCUUGAGUACGUGGGGAACGGCAUCGUCCUCUUUGCCGCUCUGUUUGCGGUGGUGGCUCGCCACAACCUCAGUCCGGGGCUGGUGGGACUCUCCAUCCUGUACGCGCUGCAGAUCACCACGUACUUAAACUGGCUGGUUCGCAUGUCGUCUGAGAUGGAAACGAACAUCGUCGCUGUGGAAAGGGUGAAAGAAUACUCUGAAAAGGAAAAAGAGGCCGAGUGGACUGUGAAGCCCUCUCCACCGCGUGGUUGGCCCCAGGAAGGGAAAGUGGAAUUCCGGGGCUACGGGCUGCGCUACCGAGACGACAUGGACUUAGUGCUGAAGAACAUCGACGUCACCGUCAACGGGGGAGAAAAGGUGGGCAUAGUUGGCAGGACGGGCGCUGGGAAGUCCUCCCUCGCUCUGGGCCUCUUCCGAAUCACUGAAGCUGCCGAAGGGGACAUUCUCAUUGACGGGAUCAACAUUGCUAAAAUCGGGCUCCACGACCUCCGCUUUAAAGUCACAAUUAUCCCCCAGGAUCCCAUCCUGUUUUCUGGCUCCCUACGCAUGAAUCUGGACCCUUUCAACCAGUACUCUGAUGAAGACGUUUGGAUGUCUUUGGAACUGGCUCACCUGAAGAACUUUGUGUCCACGCUGCCAGAUAAACUCAAUCAUGAGUGUUCAGAAGGUGGAGAAAACCUCAGUGUCGGGCAGCGUCAGCUGGUGUGCCUGGCUCGGGCUCUGCUGCGGAAGUCCAAAAUCCUGGUUUUAGAUGAAGCCACCGCCGCCGUAGACCUGGAAACGGACGAUCUCAUCCAGUCGACCAUACGCACUCAGUUUGAAGGCUGCACAGUCCUCACCAUUGCGCAUCGACUGAACACCAUUAUGGACUACACCCGAGUAAUAGUCCUCGACAAAGGUGCAGUUGUGGAGUGUGGUUCUCCCGCUGCCCUAAUCCAGAAGAAAGGCAUCUUUUACAGUAUGGCCAAAGAGUCCGGCCUGGUGUAAUGCAAGAGCGCCGUUCCUCUCUCCGGCCGUCAAGUGCCCAA